AUGUUUCUUCUGUAUGACCUCAAUGAACAGGGAGAGCAGAUCCAUACACUGAAGAAGUUUGAUCCCAAUGGAGAGCAGACCCUCUUGGCCCAUCCCGCCCGGUUCUCUCCUGACGACAAAUACUCUCAACACUGGAUGACCAUCAAGAGACACUCCAAGGUGCUCAGGACUCAGCAGCCGCUCCCAAUCCUGUGA